GUGUAAGGGGCGUGUUUUGGUAUAUAAUACUUCAAACCGUCAAGUUUUGCCUGUCUCCUGCCGCCUGGUUUCUGGGACAGCAUACAUCAUCCCUUUUAGCCGCUCCAACUGGGAAACUAACUCAUCUAACAUCUUUCCAACCAAAUAACCCCCUAACGUUUUUGACUACUGCUAUAUCUGACAUGGAGACCCAGCAAAGAAACGGACACCACUCACUUUGCCACACCUGCCGGAGAACGGAAAGCAGCAGAAUGAAGGUAACCAGACGGAGAGAAAUACUUUUUUACCAUCCGGUUUUGCUGUGUGAUUGUUGUUAGACCUCUGGCGGGGUUGUUACUGGUUUUUUUUUCUUGGUUUAAGAUGUGAGAAAACCGCUUCUGGCGCAGCAGACGCGUUUACGCACAUCAUUUUUGUGCAGAAAAGGCAUCCGGACACUUCUAAACUUGCAUGCAAUGGAUAAAGUUCAGUAUGCACGAAUGACAUUGGGAGCUGCUGUAGGCUUCGUGCAUUUGUGCAAAAAAAGUGGCCUUGUACAAUAGAUGAAAAACUGCUCAGAGUUUUUUUUUUACUCUUCCUUUUCUGGAUGGGGCAUCCCGUUCGCAGAACUUGCAAACAGCUGGUCUAUUUCUCGGCAGAUAGGGGGCGGUAGGUCUGAGGGUCAGUGAGCUCAUCUCAGGGUGAGCAAGGAGAAAAUAUAUGCUGAGUCUGGCUUUUCAGAUAGUUAACUAUCGAGCAGCCGGUCUUGCAACUCUUGGAGAGUUGUGUAAGAGUGAGAAAGGCAGAGAUUCGGUCUCUUUUUUUUUUCCUCCAGAAUAAGCACUUUUCCCAGAUGCGUCGCAGUGACAGCGGCUGAUAACAGUCUAAAUAAGGUUGGGGGACAUUAUUUGUCUCACGCAAUAAGCUCGUCCUGAGUUACUAGGUCAGUACAAAGAAGAAGCGCAUAACACUGGGGAUCGUACAUGUUGUACGAGCAUGAAAAGUGAGUACGCAAAAAGUGGAUCCUCCUAUAGCCGAUCACACUGAAGGGCAACAUCUGGCUGUCAUCUGGGAUUUUUUUUUUCUGUUCUGAGGAUUUCAUUACUUUUGACAUGAGUGCUUGAGUGCAUGUGUUAACAUAUUCUGCUAUGUAUGUUUUUGUUUGCAGGUCAAGAAGAUGUCUUCGUUCAGUCGCGCGCUGCUCUUUGCACUGGCCCUGACGCUCUACGUUGUGGAAAUGUCCUCGGCGGAGACGCUGUGUGGGGGAGAGCUGGUGGAUGCGCUGCAGUUCGUUUGUGAAGACAGAGGAUUUUAUUUCAGUAAGUUUUUCAAAGCAGGACAAGUUCCCCCUGCGUGAAUGUUGUUUGGCUGUUUUAUGUCUCUCUGUUGAGUCUCACAUCUGUUUGGAUAGCUGAGACUAUCGCUCUGUCUGUGGCUGUGCGGUAUGCGUGUUUGGUAUUUGUCUUUCUCACACGCACACACAAACACGAAAGAGAGAGAGAGAGAGCGAGAGAGAGAUUAUAGCCAGCUGUGUGUCUCAAGACCUGGUCCAGGCUGCUUUGCUGAGUGUGCGCAUUCUGUCUGCAGCCCAUACCUCUCAUUGCAUAUGAAAGGCCGGCGAGCUGUGAAGGCACACACGACCCCGCGCGACACAAUGGACCGCUUGUUUACCAGUAAAGUAAUAGCACCCCAAGAGGCAUACCAGUCACCUCAGCACCAGUGUUCCCAGGCCAGGCGACCACACUGAUGACUCUGAGGGGGAAGGAAAGAGAGGAGGGGAAGGGGGGGUGUUUUUGAUGUCAGGUUAAGAGGACGGAUCAUUAACAUCAAUUCUGAUCAUUGCUUCCAUUGUGGUGAUGAUGGGAAUAGCUGUAAAGCAUUAUGGGAAUGCAUUGUGGUGGCUGUUAAUCCUCAAAUGGAUAAGCUUCUGUUUGCACAGUCUUUGCCACAAUCAUACCUUGUCUCUGCACGGGGAAAGCACUUUCUUCUUAAAUCUAGACAGGCAAUUUCUUUGUUUGCCUUAUUUUUUUUGCCACAGAAGCUUCACUCCCAUUAGAAUGAUCAUUAUCCAAUUUAAAGCAAAAUAAACGUGCUCAACCUCCUCCUCUUCUUUGCCUUCCUCAUCACCUCUCAUGUUCUCCCCCUGCAACCGAAUCUCAGCUUCUCUCUCAUGAGAUUUCCGCGACAUUAUGUGAGACAGGGGACUUCAAGCAAGGCACAGAUAGUUUUCCCUGCAUUCUUCCUUCAGGUUUUUUUUCUCUCUCCUCUUUUGUCUUUACUCUCUUCUUUGUUUUGCAUUCUUGACCCUCACACACCCUCUCCCUCUCUCCCCUUUCUCCUGUUUUCUCUGCCCUUUCUCCCUCUCUCACCCUCCUCAUCCUCUUUAUUAUCUCUGACUUGUUGACUUGACAAAGGACAAGGUCAAAGAAGAGUUUCCAUUUUAUAUAUUUGCUUUUUCAAAGGUCUGUCUGAGAGCUCAGCUGUCUGUCUCUUGGUGUCUACAGCCCGGCAUGUUUACUUGUGUAUUCACUCAUUAAAGGACUUCCAGAUAACCCUAAUCAGAUUAUCCUCUACAAACAAAAAGAUUUGUUUCAGUUGGUCAUAGAUUUCCUUUUAUCCUCUUUGCCCAGUGGGCUGCUACAUUUAUCAAAGUAAUCCUGCGAAAACAACCCAGAUUCAUUGCUAGUGCACAUGUUGUGGCCUUCCUCAUCCCUUGUUGUCUUCUUCCUCAGGUAGGCCAACCAGCAGGGGAAACAACAGGCGUCCCCAGAACCGUGGGAUUGUAGAGGAGUGUUGUUUCCGUAGCUGUGACCUCAACCUGCUGGAGCAGUACUGUGCCAAACCUGCGAAGUCUGAAAGAGACGUGUCGGCCACCUCUCUACAGGUCAUACCCGUGAUGCCCGCACUAAAGCAGGUACGUUUAUCAUCAACAACAACAACACGCCAGUAUGGGAAAUGCUGCUAAUCCGCGUCUCUAUCUGUCCUGACAUCUCCUGCACCUCCAUUCACCUCUGAGCCUUACCCACAUGUCCCCGUCACCUAGUACACAGUGAAACCCACGCAGAGACAGGUUUAUCUUGUUAAAUGGCCAUUACUAAGCAGUUACCUUCCAUGCAAAAUGCUGACCGCCGUGGAAAUCAUCGAGACGGUCACAGCAUGUUGUACUCAGGAAAAGGCAGAGUCAUACUCACACACUGAGACAGUGUCUAUGUAUGUGUGUAUGUGAGAGGGAGAGGGAGAGAAGGUCUGUGAGAUGGUGGAUACUGCAGGGCCAAACAAAACAGUGAGUUCUGAGUGUGUGAUUAUUAGUCACGGAACAGCAAGCUCUCUGAAACUGGCAUCCAUUUUGGUCCUCGCGGUCUAAAACACCUGACCCGGACAGUCAAGCUUCUUCAAAUUAUGUCACCAUCAUGCAGAGAAGCAGCCGAGCAUUUCAGGCUUUUUCACUGCAGUCACAAGACUGAGCUAUGGCAGCUGUCCAGACAUCCCUGAGACCGUCUUGGAGGCAUACAAGGAAGAUGUUUUUUUUUUAAGGUUACUGGAGUGACUUCUAUGAAAGCACUAGGGUUUAAAAGAUUACUCAGAUACUACAAAUGUCAGAAGAAAAAUAAUGCAGCUUCUAUUAAAAUGCAAGAACAAGAGGCUGCUGAGGAAUUAGUUGGGACAUGUCCCUAGCUAGUCUGUGCAGGGAGAGUUGAUGGGUACAGGCUGCUCUGAGGGCCAGCUGUUCUUAAGGCUAUUGAGCAGGCCUGCAGUGAAAGAAGGGGGGUAAACACUCCUCAAGUGGCAGGACCAAAACAAGCCAUUCACAUGGAGCACUGGCUACUCGCGCAUAAAUUCUGACCGUGUUGCUACCACUCCCACUUUGCCUCAGUCUCUGGUGCUGAGCUAACAGCUUAUGCUGUUUAAAGCAGUGUGUUUUUAAUUUAUAAUGUGUGUAUGUGUGGUUUCACUGGGGCUGUGGAGGUUAGUCAGUUCGGCGGGUCAUUGGCUCCUCAUAUGUAUAUGAGGCGGGUGGCCGCCCUUCCCUUUGACAGUAUGUUAAAGAGGCUGAACUAAGCACUUGUUGACAGCUUCUCUCAGUUGAGGAAACCAAAACAAGGGCUAGUUGGAGGCAGGGUGCGUCUGUUAUGACGCUCAGUGCUGUAAGAAUGACAUUUGAUUUCCAUUUGAGCAGCCUAACAAUAACUGAAUGUUUUCACUAAACAAACAAGGCCUUCCUCCAUUGUGACAUCAAGUACAUGCACAGCAUCUUAUCACUCCUAAUGAACUGACCCCUUCUUUUCCCUUUUUCCCUCCAUUUUCGCCUGCACGCCACAAUAGGAAGUCUCAAGAAAGCAGCAUGUGACCGUGAAGUAUUCCAAAUACGACGUGUGGCAGAGGAAGGCGGCCCAGCGGCUCCGGAGGGGCGUCCCCGCCAUCCUGAGGGCCAAAAAGUUUCGGAGGCAGGCGGAAAAGAUCAAAGCCCAGGAGCAGGCGAUCUUCCACAGGCCUCUGAUCAGCCUGCCCAGCAAACUGCCGCCCGUUUUGCUCGCUACGGACAACUAUGUCAACCACAAAUGAGCCCGCUGCCAGCCCUUUGCACAGACAAGAGUUUGGAGGGAGAAAAAAAGACUAGGGGAUUAUAGCUUUGUCUCUGACGUCAUUUCUGUGGCAGUCCUCUUUGACCUCCCCUGCCCUGUCCGAGCCCACCAAUCCCUCCCCCUGCUCUCAUCCACUACUUCUUGACCCCCUCGCCCUAUUCCAAUGCCUCCCCCGCAACUCAACCCACCAACCCUCCUCUGGCACACAAACAUGCCUUCACAUUCUUCCCGUCUGAACUCCAUCCCUCUUUCAGUCACUGACACAAAAGGCACUAACACAAAUGAUGAACAAAAAGUUAACAAUUUGGCUGAAUGCAAUUCAGGUGGAUCCUUAAGCAAAAGAGAAACGGGAAAAGGAGAAAAGAAGAUGAAAGAGACCUGGGGUUUGUUAGUGUCAAGAGGACACCCAGAGGAAUGUUUUUUGUCCUUGUGGAAGACAACUGAAAGUGAAGAGCAGCUUGCAUGAAAGAAUCCAUUCCACGUCAUCGUUCCUGAGGCAAAAACGAAAAUCUCUGUUAGUUCUUUUUCUUAUUAGUUUGCACCUCUACCUAUAAAGGGACUUCCACACUGUAAGGAAUUAUUUUGUAAAAUUAGAUUCCUGUUCCAGCACCUUUUGAUCACAAACAAAAAGCAGAAAAGAGUCUGCAAAAUUGCACAUUGCCACGGAUUACGUCAAAGUAAAGAAAAAAAUGGCACUAUUUUUUUAUGAACAAUGAACGUGUAGCUUAAAAAAAUGUCAUGGUGCUAGCUUUGGGAAUCGACUCAAAGAAGAGGUUGAAAAGCACGUUUUUUUUUCUUUGAAUGAAUAUUAAAACUUUCCGUUUUAAGGAAAGUGUGACUUUAAAAGAGAAAAAAAGGAUUUGGGGAGCUCCUGACAGUGGCAAUGUCAAGGGGGAAGUGUCACUGAGAAAAGAUACGGGCUGUGUCGGCGUCUCGGCUCACAGUGAGUGCUAGCGGCUGCUCAUCACUAGCUUGCCAGUGCAAGCGGCAAAGGGGGACCUGCAACCUGGUCCCGUGUCCCCACGGUCACUCUGAGGCUGCCACACACAGGGAACAGUGUGGGGACACAUUGGGGACACUGUGGACCGCCUGGAUUGGGACAGUACUACAGUUCUGGGACAGUACUUUCUGUUUGCCAUGGCUUUGCAGACUGCUCUGACAGGACGUUACAUGGCAUGGACAAAGAGCUAGUGGGAUAAUGAUUAUAUUUUAUUUUGUCUUUUAUUUCUGUUUCUUUUCAUAUCAAUGUCUCAAUGAAAAAGGAAAACCCUGUCAGUUUCUGGUACCGUGACAUUCCUGUUUUUCCAAGUUAGGCUUUUUUUGUUUCCAUGGUUUUUGUUCUAAUGUUAUUUUACAGUUCUAAAGAAAGGCACAAACUUACAAUUCAAAGGGAAAAAAACAGCAAUAAUGUCAACUAACAUUUUAUUUUUAUUGUAUAUCAGUAGUAUUCACAUGCUUUUGCCUGAAAACAAAUACUUGAAUAUAUAUAUACAUCUAUAUAUAUAUGUAUAUAUAUAUAUGUAUGUGUAUAUAUAUAUAUAUAUAUAUAUAUAUAUACAUACAUAUAUAUAAAUAUAGAAAUAUAAUUAGUUUCCAGGGACGUUGUGUUAUUUUCCUUUAGUCUGAGCUGUAUCUUGCGUAAUGAGCCGCCAAGCUUUUUUGUUUAUUUGUUGAAAUACAAAUAAGGGCACUGUAUAAAGGCAUUAUUUAUUUUGUUAUAAAAUAUAUUUGAGAAAUUGGUCCAAAUAAUAUACGUAGCACUGAUGCUCAACUGACGGUUUUACUUUGUUUGAUCUCUGUUUUCCAAUUGGAGUUGUAAGGCUUUUUUGUAGAUGCUUUGUACCAAAAAUAAUGUCUUCUAUUUUCUUCCUUUAUUGUCUGCCAUAGUUACUUUCAAUUAAUAUUUUAACAGCAGCAUAGCCUGGAUUGCUUUGGCAUGUUAUGUCACAGAAAUAGGCACAUACUCUAAGUACAUUGGUCUGCAUGGAGGUCCAGAAGCCUGUCAGGGUGAUCUGUGAACAAGGAAAGCAUCAAUGAGUGAAAAAUAUCUGUUUAACAUUGAUUGUACUCAAACCCACUAUGUUUUAAAGCCACUUUAGUAUUGGAGGCAGGCAGGGGGAUUGAUCAGUUCCUCAUUAAAUCAUGUCUUUGUAAUUGUGCAUGGUGUCAUAUGAUCUUCUAAGGAGCAUCCUGCCCAUGUGCCAGUGCCACUCAUGUUGUUGUCGGUUUGGCUCACACAGCCAUUAAUGUCUGGUCAGUUUUUUAGAUUUAGGGUUGAGCUUACAUGUGUCUUACACGAGUUAUUAUGUUGAUGCCUUAAUUGGAGGUUAGGAUGUUGCUGUGAUGCCAUCAAAGGUCACCCAGAGGUCUUUGUGUUUCAAAGAGAAAGUGUAUCAUCGUACUACCUUACUGUCUCUCUCUCACUCUGUCUCCGUCUCUCUCUCUCUCUCUGUGUCUCUCUCUCUCUGUUUAUCUGAUCUGUCCCUGACCUAAAGCAUCAACUCCAUGUUUCUGUAUUUGCAUGGCGAGAGAAAGGAAUCAGGGUUUAUUCGCCCGCCAUUUACAUCUCAACAAUCUUCCAAUUAUCCAUCCAUUAUGAUGCAUUUGAUGAAGGGCUAUCACGCUGAACCAUUUCUGGAGCACUCAGGAACUAAGAGAAAAAAAAAAAAAAGACAAAAACAAUCUAUGCUCUGCUAUGGAGAUGUGGACUAUGUGCUGAGUGUAAGUGAUAAUCUUGUUGUGGAAGGGUAAGCAUACCUGGCCACAAUGAUACAGCUCUCUGUGACAAACCACUGAAGCCCAUGUCAGAAACAAGGUCAUUUAGUGCCACAUCAUGCUUCCUCCUUAUGUCAUGUAUCGCCCAUGAAAUGGAGACUCAAUGGAUACUUGUUCUGCUGCGGUGAAUAUGAUACUUUUAUCCUCUUUCUGUCAGAAAGAUCUCAAUUAUCACGGCUGCGUCCUGUCUCUGAUUAUAUUCUACUUCAUUUGUGCAACAAAGCAGGCAGUGCAAUUACUAUUAUAAUUAUAUUAUUAUUAUUAUUAUUAUGAUUAAUAUUAUUGUUAUUAUAUUAUUUUCUAUUUUAUUCUAUAUUUUCCUGCUAGGACUGCAUUCAUUCACUAUUGUAAUGUUCAAACAGGCGACUCUAGUGUUCCUAUGAAUGGCGUGAAAGACAACCACUUCUUUUUGCUGAAUAUGAAGAGAUACCUUGCCGAGCAAUGGCAACUUUUUCUGUGUCAGUAGCUCACUCAGCCUGUGUGUAUUUUAUUGAUUUAACCUCUGCACGCUAGAACGUCCGAAAUGCACAAUUCAUGUACUUUCAUUUUUAAUAUCAAUAAAAAAACAUUUUAUCAAACAGAAGUCUAAAAGCUUUUUACUGCUUUUUGUUCAGCCUGUGUUUGAUGUGUGUUAACACUUUCUGCUGCGGGUUUAGAGCCAUUUUUGAGAUUUUUUUCCCAUAUCAAUUAAACCCUAUGUGCUCUGUAAAUGAUUUAUUACAUCUUAAAGCCUUGCAAAGAGGCUUCAGUUGCUUUUAGCACCCUUGCUUCUCCUCCUUUCACCCACUCUCGCCCUCAUCUCUGCCUGAGUCCUGUCUGUCUGUCUGUAUAUCUGCCUCCUGCUCUUUGAUACGGACAAGUAGAAAUCAGCAUGCCACACUAAACCUGACCUGUUCUCCUUCCCUCUGAUGCACCCAUCCGUUGCUCCAUCUCCCCAUCUUGAUUCGCUAGCUACUGGAGUUACUGGAGCAAGCUUCACUUCAGCGGCUAACUUUAGUAACUAACAUGUCUCAAAUUAUCCCGUGCAUAUUCCAAAAAUGACUCGACCUUUCUUUGUUGACAUGCGUGCACACACCCACGCAUGGGAAUGUUGUUACCGGGCAGAUUUACAGUUCAGUAUCUUUGUUCAAAGAAUAAAGCCGUUUUGGGCUCUGGGGGUUUUCUCAGUGCAGCAGAGUUUACUGUAGCUCUCUGUUGUGUUUUUAGGUUGGCAUCAAAGAGACUGAACUUUACAACCAGAAGAGGCAAAAAUCUCCUUUUUCAUCUUGUGCACGUUUUUUUUUUCUUUUUUUCUUUUUUGAAUUGUAGCGACAGCAGUCUGCUAUCUUUGUAAAUGAGCUGGUGUUCUGUAUUUAUAACCAUAAAUCAUUUUAACUGAAUCACCUUUGUCUGUCUUAUUAAACCUAAUUGACCUCAAGCAAAAAGAGGGAAAAACAUCCUGACAGGAGGAUCCAUUAUCAAUUUCUUACUUCCUAAAGUUGUUUACAGACGGCACAAGUUGACACACAUCUGGGCUAAAACGUAGUAUGUGAACAAACACGCCAAUUGGCACCUCUUGGGCCUCUUUGAUCGGCACCGUCACUCUAUAACCUUUUUCUGAUAAAUGCAUUAUUAGCUGAAUGUUUUUCACCCCUAACUGCUAAUGCUUCACUCUCCCUGAGUAUUUUGAACGUGUUUGCAGGUGUGUGUGUGUGUGUGUGUGUGUGUGUGUGUGUGUGUGUGUGUUCUCCAGCAGCUGCUUUGGGACUGUGCCGCUUCCCUGCAGGUGUUUAUACAUAGACUAAUUCUCUUGAGUUUGGUAAUGAGAUCAGGGACUCUCUGUCCCUCAGGGCUCAUCACGUCACCGCUGUGCCUGACAGAACUUCGGCUGGCACGACAUAAGUCAACCAAAACAAGCCAAACUGGGCCCCUUAGCGCCACAUCAUCACUUGUUUUCCUGACUGGUGAGUGAGUGUGAUAGAUGUGUUGACAAGAUCUUGUCAAGAUGAUCAAAGCUGAUACUGUGUGGGUGUCCUUAACAGAGCUGAACAAAGUGGAAGUUCAAGUGUUUAUAGGUGCGUAUGCAGUAAAAGCAUCUGAUACAAGUUUUAAUUGAUAUUUUGAAUAUCAGCAAAAAAAUCAUUUGUAUGUUAUCCAUAACAAGUGAAGGUACAAUGCCACCUUAUAUGAACAUGUAGGAGACAAAUUAACUGUGAACCCGAACCCACGCAUCUAUCCCCAUCAGAGAGGCCUCCUGAACUGUGGAGCCCGGUGUAGAUGUGGGUGGCACAACUCUCCCAGGCCUGACAUUGGAAACUGCCAAAGAGCACACUAGAGUUAGUUGUGGUUGGCCGGAUGCACGGGAUGCAUGUAAGGCCAGGCCAACUAUUGAGGCACAGGGUUUGGCAAGCCCAGACCAUCACAGCCCAGCGUGGCCACACAGGCCAAUUAAGACGGUCCUUCUCCUCUCCUUUCUUCUCCUCCCCCUUCUCUUGUGUGUCUCUCUCAUCUCUCCCUCUCUCUUUAUCACUCACUUUCUCCCUUGUACUCCCUCUCUCUUUCUCCUGAUCCUCACAAAGCGUGCUCACACAUUCCUCUUCUCCCACUUUGCCUCCCUAAUUGCUGUGGACUGAAAAGAGGGAUGGAGAGAGGGGAGUGAGAUUGAGAGAAAGAGACCGAGAGAGGGAGAAUCAGAGGGAAAGGGGGUCACACCAGAGAACUUCUACGGCCAGGACAAACUGUACUGUCCCCUGGGAGUAGUCAAAACUCUUGUGUUUGGUGCGUUUGCCCCCUAGCACUCUCUUUCUUUCAUUAAUUAUACCAAAACAUAACGAUUUGGCUAAUUUCUGCUAAAGUGCGUCAUUUCAUAAAGGAAAAUAUGUCUCAAUCUACGUCGCUUUAGAGCUCUGAGGUAGUUACAGCAGAGCCAGAGCAUAAAGAGCGGAUUGUGUUUCUUCAGCGCCCCACAAAACUAUCUAAUUGUUGAUUCCUAAUCAACCAGGAACUGUGAGGAGGCUUUCCUAAUUAUGUAACCCUAGGUUCUGAUACAUUAACAAUAAAGUGAAGUUUUGAUGGGUUUUGAAAGUAAGUUCAAAAUUGUAUGAGAAGAAGAGACAACAAUUAGGGGACUCUUCUAUAUAAAAGGACAACAGAAAGUAGCGACCACUCUUUCAGAACUCACAUUUUCAGGUCGGUUGAGGUGAAAGAUGCUGCAGCAGUAUGGAUGGGGUGCUUGUGUGCAGAGUGCAGGGGGAAAACCAAGUGUGCAUAAACAGGGAAUCCAAGGUUUAAAAAAUGGUUGAACACAGAGUGAAAUCGGACCCAAAUAAACAAGCUCAAACUCUAAGGAUUUUUCUAGGUUAUGCCGUCAAUGUGUCAGAAAACAUAUUUUUGUCCUACAAGUUUGGUAGAUUGUGUGAUUUGAGGUUCAAAUGAGGACAGAAAUGAUCAUUGAGAGGAUAGUUCAUUGAAACUGGUUUCAACUGAUGUGUUUUAAACAUUCACAGACAUCAUUGAUUUUCAGGUCAUGUCUCAUGUUCUUUUGCAAUUUGAAUGAAUAUAUCACAGUACAUCAUGGUCACCUUUUAUAAACAGUGUGUAGGAGCAAGCAAGGUUUCAAUCCUGCAGCCUUCUUGCUGCAAUGGUUUCCUCCGAUUUCUUCUCAUCAUGGCACCAACAGGUAUUACUCAUCUACUUCACCUGUCAUCAUCACACAACCCAUGUCUGUCAAGUAACAUGUCAAAAUUACAUCUUUGCAUGGACUGGAUGUAAACUAUGAGUCUUUAUUUUACCCUGAAAUAAAUCACUUAUGAAUAUCAUGAAACAAAAUGUGUUGUCUGAUGUUUUAUUCACCUGUAUUGUUGUUAGUGCAGAAGUAGUUGAAAUCAGGGCUACACAAAGAUACAAUUUCAAUGCAUUAAACAUAUCAUACUACAAUGUAUGCACUCUAUUGUCUGUGUAAUGUUUACAAGAACACUCUCAGAUGUUUUAAAGAGAGCAACUUUAAGCAAAAGGAAACUUGUUGCCCUGAUGGGCACUGAGAAAGCUGAUAUCUGACAGACAACAGAAUUUGUAGGACCUUUUCAUUAUCAUUCUAUUAUAUAUUUCGAUACUUAUUUCAUUUAUUGUUUAAAUCAAACUAUUCAAUAUAUAGUUUAACAAAAACAUUUCCAAUUAAGUUUGAAAGGGAGCAGAAAGGAGAAUAAUCUUACAUAAUCUGCCCCUUUACUCCAAGAAAUGAAAUUACAAAGAACUUGAAAAACAACAAGAAAAUAAACAGCAAAAUAAUAAUAAUUAACCUAUACAAUAAAAUAGUUAUCAGCCAACACUGACAGUCACAUCUCAUUUUAAUUCGACAGUCAAAUGUCAUUAACAUGUUUCAGUAUAUUUCCUUGACAUACUAGCUAUCCUUGAUUACUAUAAGUGGUUUCAGUGCUCAAAGUUGCAUGUUUGAAUCCCACUCCUCCAUUCCAAUUACCUUGACGCACUGUAAUACAGACCUUUAAAGUCCCACUCUGAUCGUAUUUUUUUUUAUUAUCUAAAGUGUUAUCAGUGGCCAUUAAAUUGUGAUUAUGACGUUUUUAGCCAAUAUCACGUUAACUAAGUCAUUUUCAAGGGCUUUUCUUCUGCAGAGCUACAGUAGAUCAUUAGCAAUUCAUCUCUGAGUCGUGGUCAGAGACAGCAAUGCUCUGUGUCCAUCUCUUCAUGUUAGCUUGUAGCCUAACAUUGCCGUUGCAGCAGAAGUAGCAGGUAACAUAGCAGCCAUUCAGCUCUUGGCCACUGAUGUCUUUGUGGACAUAAUGAAAGCCAAUUUCAUAAUUAGCUUUCUUACAAGCGUUGCGUUUCACUAAUGCACAUGUUUGCUCCGCGAUCGUCCUCUCUGCUUCUGAAGUCUGGCCUGCAGAGCGGGGCUCAGGGGGCGGAGCUUGAAGUUGUGACGUAGAAAAUCCCACUGUGUCUAAACCUGCUGUUUGGGUAGGUUAACAGCGAUUUGAAUGCAGAAAUACUCAGAAAUGCAGUUUUGGACUUAUUUUUCUCAUAUGUCCUCAAGCAUCAGAAAAAUGCCAAAUGAACAUGUAGACAACAAGGAAGACAUGAUUUUCACCAGAGUGGGUCAUUAAGUAAUAUGUAUGACAUGAGACUGUGUGAUAAAUUUUGUAUUUAUUAAUAAUCUAUUUCUUUUUUGUGGUUCAUUGGUGAAAUAACAUUACAAUUGGAAUAAAGGAGGUGACAUCAGGGACAUAAAGGACAAACAACAAAAGAUUGCACUACCAAAGACAGAAACAAUCAAUUACAACCAAUUACAAAACAAACAAAAAGAAAACUGCAAGCAAAAAAAUGUUCUGAUGUUUGAAAUCUAUGGUAUUAAAUAAUUUAAAAGCUUUUCUGUCCCUUUUCCCCCAUAUGCUCAAAUUCUGAAACAAAAUACAGUUUAAAAAAAGUGAAACGAGAUUAGGUAUUUAUUUAUUUAUUCAUUCACGUAAUAAUCAUUGUCUAAUUGUCAUCAUUUACAUUGAUAUUUACACUGAAUAUAACCACAGCAAAUGCAAAUAGUGAAAAACAGACUAUAGACGGCUGGGGCGUCACACAUGAAGUACAUGGACUGCCAGGAAAAAAGUCAUAUUUCACCUCUUGCUUUCACAGAUGAGAAAUUUCCAGGAGUGCAAGUAACAACAACAACAACAACAACAACAAUAAUAAUAAUAAUAAUAAUAAUGCAUCAGAUUUGAUAUAGGCCUUUAUCAGUGAUCCCCAAAGCACUUGACAUCAUUCAUUCGCUCACAAAGGGAAACAUGGUGGCCAAUCUGUGCCUACAGCCUCACUGACCACCACCAAACG